AUGUCGGUUGCCAAGGUUCAAAAGAUUAUCGACGACAAUGGAGUUGUCGUCUUCUCCAAGUCCUACUGCCCCUACUGCAGUGCGACUAAGAGCACACUUCGGAGCUUGGAUGCCACCUUCGAAUGUCUCGAACUGGAUAAGAUGGAGGACGGUGGCGAGAUCCAAGAUGCGUUGCAAGAGCUCACCAAGCAGCGCACUGUUCCUAACAUCUUUAUCAACCACAAGCAUAUUGGUGGUAACUCCGAUUUGCAGAAGUUGAAUACUGCUCAGUUGAAGGCAGUGUUGAAGGAGGCUGGUGCGAUUUAA